AGGUUCGAGUGGGUGCUGCUUAAAGGUGGACGGCGGCCAGGGUUGCCGCGUCCAGCUCGGUGCCACGCCCCGGCCGGUGCUGCGGAAGCCUCAGCCAUGCUGUUCUGGCACACGCAGCCCGAACACUACAACCAGCACAACUCUGGCAGCUACUUGCGUGAUGUGCUGGCUCUGCCCAUCUUCAAGCAGGAAGAGCCGCAGCUAUCUCCUGAGAAUGGGGCCCGCUUGCCGCCCCUACAGUAUGUGUUGUGUGCCGCCACCUCUCCAGCGGUGAAGCUACAUGAAGAGACCUUAACAUACCUCAAUCAAGGUCAGUCGUAUGAAAUCCGGCUGCUGGAGAAUCGGAAGCUAGGGGACUUCCAAGAUCUGAACACGAAAUAUGUGAAGAGCAUCAUCCGUGUCGUUUUCCAUGACCGCCGGCUGCAGUACACAGAGUACCAACAGUUGGAGGGUUGGCGGUGGAGUCGGCCUGGGGACCGCAUCCUGGACAUUGAUAUUCCACUGUCUGUUGGUAUCUUGGACCCCAGGGCCAGCCCAACCCAGCUGAAUGCUGUGGAGUUUUUGUGGGACCCAUCGAAGAGAGCAUCUGCAUUCAUUCAGGUGCACUGUAUCAGCACGGAAUUCACCCCCAGGAAGCAUGGGGGUGAGAAGGGAGUGCCUUUUCGGGUGCAGAUUGACACGUUUAAGCAGAAUGAGAGUGGGGACUACUCGGAGCAUCUACACUCUGCCAGCUGCCAGAUCAAGGUGUUCAAGCCCAAGGGAGCUGAUCGGAAACAGAAGACUGACCGGGAAAAGAUGGAAAAAAGAACGGCUCAAGAGAAGGAGAAAUACCAGCCAUCCUAUGAAACCACCAUCCUUACCGAGUGUUCUCCAUGGCCUGACGUCCCCUACCAGGCGAACAACACCCCAUCCCCAAGCUACAAUGGCUCUCCCAACAGCUUUGGCCUCCGUGAAGGUAACAGCUCACCUAAUCACCCGGUGGAGCCCUUACCCCUGGGCAGUGAUCACCUGCUCCCAUCAGCCUCUAUCCAGGAUGCACAGCAGUGGCUGCAUCGCAACCGCUUCUCACAAUUCUGCUGGCUCUUUGCCAGCUUCUCAGGUGCUGACCUCCUGAAGAUGUCCAGAGAUGAUUUGGUCCAGGUCUGUGGCCCUGCAGAUGGGAUUCGGCUCUUCAAUGCCAUCAAAGGCAGGAAUGUGAGGCCAAAGAUGACCAUCUAUGUCUGUCAGGAGCUGGAGCAAAACCAACUACCCUUGCCACAGAAGCAGGAUGACAGUGGGGAUAACAGCCUGUGUGUAUACCAUGCUAUCUUCCUGGAAGAGCUGACUACCCUGGAGCUGACUGAGAAGAUCGCCAGCCUGUACAGCAUCCCCCCACAGCAUAUACACCGCGUCUAUCGACAGGGUCCCGCUGGCAUCCACGUGGUGGUAAGCAAUGAGAUGGUUCAGAAUUUCCAAGAUGAGUCUUGUUUUAUCCUCAGCACAUUAAAAGCAGAAAGCAAUGAUGGCUACCACAUCAUCCUGAAGUGUGGACUCUGAGCAGCAGCGCCUGCACCUGUCCCCUGCCCCAUGGAUCCCUGGCUGUGAAAGGUGCACCACUGUCAGCUGCUGUCUCACCUGACAAGCUCAGACUAGGAGGGACUCUACCCAGACCAGGAAAGCUACAGACAACCAUGGACACAAAGUCUGGUGUACAGAAGAAAGCCAGCGGUUCCCUUCUCCUUUCCUCUUGGCUUUUAGGUUUUUAAGUUUCUUGUUCUGUUUCCUGGGCAGAUAGUGGGGAUGUGCAUCUCUUAAACUCUGAGCCCUGCAGUUGGAGGGUCCUUUGAUGUAUUGGUCCUUCCUGUCUCCUCUCUUAUGUCACCCUGAUUCCUGCUUCUUUUUCUUGAGUCACUGGCUUCAUGGCUAGCUCUGCCAAUCUCACAAGGGCUCCACACACAGUUCUCCUCCUAAUACUGACUUCCUUUCUCAGGACCCUGGUAGCCAUGUCUCUCCUGUUCUUGGAUGACUUGAUAAGACUGGAGCUAUUUAUUUGUGCCUUCCAUUUCUUUCUCAGUCGCCUUGUCUCUAAGGAUCUGCUACAUUCAAGCCCAGAGUCUCUGCAUUGACAUGGUAGAUGGCACAGUGUACCUAUGUGACCUCUCAUUGUGUAUUAGUUCCUUUUCUGUUGCUGUGAUAAGAUACUCUGACAAAGGCAACUUGAUAAAGAAAGGGCUUGUUUUGGCUUAGAGUUUUGUAGGGAUUAUGGUGGAUAUUAUGGUGAGGAAGGUGCCAAACAGAAAGCUAGCUGAUCUCAUUUUCAUACACGUAGGAAGCAGCACAGAGAGAAAGAGCAAGAGCAGGAAAUGGUACAAGCCUUCAAGGACCACCAACCCCAGUGACUUACUUCCUCCAGCAAGACUGCAUCCUCUAAAAGCCCCAUAACCUCAGCAGACUACAUCACCAACUGGGACCACGUGUUCAAAUACAUAAGCCCAUGGGAUACAUUUCUCAUUCAAGCCACACAUUUUGCCCAUGUGACCUCCCACAUUUUCUAGUUAGAGAUGCUAUGGACUAGGAGAUGACAUGUGACUUCCUCACCAGGGAAGAGAGGUGAGGACAGAAUGAUUCCUCAUGGACCACUACUGUGUAUUCUCAUUUCUGUUGAGCAAAGAGUACUAAGAGGUGAAGAUUCUGUUAUCCAGUGGCCUUGACCAUCCAUUCUAGACAUUUGGGUUGGGGUAUGUCUCAGUAGAUCCCUCCCUGGCAAGUAUGAGGCCCUGGGCACCAUCCCAGCGCUACAGCAGGAGGUACUUACUGAAUUCUCUUUUUCAGACAACCUCAGCUAACCACUGCUGUUUGCCAAGUGGCCCAGGGGUAGUAUGGUGUUUUUUUCAUUGCUCAUUUAAGAUUCUAUCAUAGGUAUAUAGAUAGGUGCUUUGUCUUUGUUGGCAUGGUUGAAUUGUUCACUUUUUUUGUUUGUUUUGUUUUUUUCAAGACAGGGUUUCUUUGUUAGCCCUGGCUAUCCUGGAACUCACUCUGUAGACCAAGCUGGCCUCGAAAUCCGCCUGCCUCGGCCUCCCAAGUGCUGGGAUUAAAGGAAUGUGCCACCACUGCCUGGCUUGUUCACCUUUCUUAACUCUGGGGGAAUUUGAGGAUCAGUAGCUAUGGUAGACUUAAUUCAUCUUUAUUAUGCCCACCCAGUGCUUCAACUCUUUCCUAAUCCUCAAGCCAUAGUGAGUUACUUCUAAGCUCAAAGAUUUGCCAAAGGUUUUGGCAAAUAUUAUUUUACAGGCAGAAAAACUACUCUCACAGGAAAGAUGAGCUCUCAGUUCCUUGUCUUUUGAGACAUGUGGGUGGGGUUGACAGCUUUAUUGAGAUGUUGGUGUCGUGAAUAUAUUGGCACAGGCUUUCUGUGGACAGGGUUUCAUUUUGGGAAUGUGCCUGGUAGAAUGGACAGCUCAUAAGGUAACUUUUCACCGGUUUGAGAAACUGCCCAGUGUUUCCCACGCAGCUACACGUGUUUGUAUUACCACCAGCAAUGGAGGAUGGUUCUAGUUUCUCCACCUCCUCAUCAACAUUUGCUGUGAUUUCUCAUUCUUGCCCGCCUGUCCUCUCUCCCUCCCCCUUCUUCUUCCGUAUAGUCCAGCCUGGCCUCGAAGUCACUAAGUAGAAGAGGAAAAUUGAACUUCUGAUCUUCCUGACUCUGCUUCUUAAAUGCUAACAACAUAGAAAAGUACCUCCACACCUAAUGUAUGCGGUGCUGGGACAAAAUCCAGGGCUUUGUGCUUGCUAGGCAAGAGCUCUCUCUACCAGCUGAGCCACCUCCCUAGUGGUGACCUGUCUUUUAUUACAAUAUCCUGCUGGUGUCAUGCAUGUCUCUGGCUAAUGAUGUUCAAUGUCUCUUCACAUUGAUUGGCCAUUUGUAUAUCUUUGGGAAAAUGUCUGGUUAUGUCUUGCCUGUUUUUAAAUUGGGCUCUCUUCAUUGAAUUGUACAAGUUGUUGAUGAAAAUCCUUCAUCAGUUUUUCUCCAUUCUGCUCCAUUCUGUAGGCUGUCUUCACCCUCUUAAUGGUUGAUGCUCCUUGGGGUGUACAUGUUUCUAAAUUGGUUGUGCUUAGUAGUAUGAACCAGCACUCCCAGUACUCAGCUGAGGCUCCCGAGGCCAGCCCAACCUACAUAGUAAGACCCAGUCUCAGAAACAAUUGUCAUCAUUAUUUUAAUGUGUGUGAUGCCUGAGUUACCUUCUGCUGAUUGUAGUUUUGAUGUGGAUACUAAGAAACCAUGACCUAAUGCAAACUCAGGAAAAUCUGUGUUUUCUCCUUAGAAUUAAAAACGCUGUUUAUUUUUAUUUUAUGUGCAUUGGUAUUUUGCACAUUGGUAUAGUAUGUGUGGUUGUGUGUGUGUGUGUAUAUAUAUAUAUAUAUAUAUAUAUGUAUAUGCACACAUACACACAGAUCCUUGUAAGGGUGUUAGAUCUUCUGGAACUGGAGUUGCAAGCAGGUGUGAGCUGCCAUGUGGGUGCUGGGAAUUGAAGCUUGGUCCUUUGGAAGAGAAGCCAAUGCUCCUAACCCCUGAACCAUCUCUCCUGGUCCCUCUUAGGAACAUGAUUAAAGUUUAGUUGUUACAAUGAGUUCUGCUCCAGUCUGAGUUAGUUUUACAUAUAUGAUAUGUAGUGGGAGAGUCUAGUUUCAUCCUUUUACAUGUGAGCGUCUACUUAUUUUACCCCUAAUUACUGAAAGGACUGGAGCUUCUGUAGUCUGGAGACCUCCGAUUCCUGGAUCUUUGUGAGCACGGCGGGACCAUUGCUGAUCUCUUGUUCCUUUUACCUUCUUGGUCUGCAUUUGGGUCUACUGCUCUUACGGCCACUUCCCUCCUCUCCUCCUGUCAGCAGGACUGGAUGAUGCCCCUCUGUUCUGUCGUUUUUCCUGGCACUAACACUUCCUAGUUCUAGAGGAAGGUAAUGACCAAACGUUUCCCAAACGUUUCCAUGCUUGGAUAGAGAGGCAACCGAGUCUCUUAGAAUAAUAUGCUCAAGGCGAGCCACUGGGAGAAACAGGACUCAUUGGGCCUCUGACUUUCAGCCCAUCAGGCUAUCUGUGGCCCCUGUUCCCAAGUGAUAGCUCUACAUGGGCUAAAGGAAGAGAGACUAAACUGAUACCUUUUUUUUUUCUCAUACCAAAGUCGGUCUAAACUGGAGAGCCAAAGAUGGCACACUGUAAAAAGAGCAGAUGGCAUGGAAUGUUCCAAGUCUUGUCUUGGGGUCUGAAUUAGUUAUUUUUCUCAUUGUUGUGAAAAACAUCUGACAAAAACAAAACAAAACAAACAAACAAGCAAAACAAAACAAAACAAAACAAAACUUACAGGAGUGAGGGUUUCUUUCUGGCUCACAGUUUAAAGGUCCAGUUUGUCGUGGCUGAGAAGUCUUGGCAGCCAGAGCAUGGGACAGCUGGAAGCAGAGGCAGAUGGAUACAAUGUUUAUCUUACCAUCUCUGUUUUUUUAGUCAGGGUUUCUAUUCCUUUACAAAACAUCAUGACCAAGAAGCAACUUGGGGAGGAAAGUGUGUAUUUAGCUUACACUUGCACAUUGCUGUUCAUCACCAAAGGAAGUCAGGACAGGAACUCAAACAGGUCAGGAAGCAGGAGCUGAUGCAGAGGCCGUGGAGGGAUGUUCUUUACUGGCUUGUUUCCUUAUAGAACACAGGACUACCAGCCCAGAGAUGGUCCCACCCACAAUGGGCCCUCCCGCCUUUGAUCACUAAUUGAGAAAAUUCUGGAUCUCAUGGAGGCAUUUCCUCAGGGGAGGCUCCUUUCCCUGUGAUAACUACAGCUUGUGUCAAACUGACACACAAAACUGCUACUAUACCUUUUUACUCUGCAAAACUUCAGCCAUGAAAUGCUAGGGUAGGUUUUCCCACCUCAGAUAACUAAUCUAGAAGACUCCUCACACACUUGCUUGGCAGGGGAGAGUCCAUGAUCAAGGAGCUGGUCUUUCCUGGGUAAUGCUUAUUCUUUGCAGUCUGGAUGUGCUUGACUGAGUAAUUUUUGGUAGUGGGGGAAUGUAUUCUUGCUCCCGAUGAGUGAAUUAAAGGAAUAGAAAAGAAACUCACUGGCAGACAUAGUCAGAGGUUUAUUUCCAUGGUGAUACUAAGUCCCAUCAAGUUGACAAUCAAGAUUAGCCAUUGUGGGGGUCUAGAAAACAGUCAGACAUUGCCCUAGUGACCUCUUACCCAGUCUGCCUGGAGCCCCUUGAGAGCUAUUAACCAGGAAAAGGCUAGAACCCAUAAGCACGUCACCAGUUCCUAAGUCCAGUGUUGCUUCAGGGGCUGGCCCAAGUAGCUGGAGUUCUGAAAAUUAUUAACACAUCAGUGGAAGAAAUAGAAAGACUCUUUAGCUGUUGUCAGUGGAAAGUUGAGGUUGUUGGGGGCAAGGGGAAUUGAAUAUGGUCACUGCCUUAGGUACACUGGAGGGACAGGACCAAAAGUCAAGGGUCCCAGGCUCCCUUUAAUACAAGGUGAACAGUAGACCAUUAGUAGAGUGUCCCUGUGUUUGAAUGGCAGAACUGCCCCCCUAAAACAAGAAGCAUUGAUCUGGAGACCUGAGAACCUGGAAACUAGUCAGUAGGUGAAUCUGAGCUUCGGGAAAACUUUACCAUUGUUUCCCAUUCAUCAAAGUCAUGUGGUGGACAGGUGACCUUUGCUUGUCCUCGGUAUUCAGUGCCACCAGUGCUGCUGCAGCUGCAGGUAAACCCGAGUGGAUGGAUGCCUGCUCACCAAGUCCCAGGCUUUCCCUGACUGCAGCUGGGUGAGUGCAGGUGUGUAGGUGUGGGCCUCAGUGAUGUGCUGCUAUCUGCUGUCAUCCGAGCCAGUCUACUUGGCCAGUAUAGAGUGUUCUUUUCUCUUUCCUCUUCCAAUCUCUUUGUCCUUUGAAGAUAGGACUACUGGGCCCAAAGAGCAGUGAGACUCUAGGAAGUACCCAGACUCCUUUCCCAAGGCCAGCUCUCCUUAGCUGCUUCUCCGCCUCAGUAGGAGUCUCUGAGCCCCUGCAGGCACUGCUGUAAAGGGUCUCUAACCUGGGCCUUCAGGCUGUUCUAAGGACUGGAGUGAAGAGGUCUGUGUUCCCUUCCUUCCAAAGAGUGCCCUCCCUUUAUAUUUGCAGACAGGAACUAAACUCAGUGCUGUCCACUGGUUUCGCCAUCAUUUAGUUACUAGAGAGCAUUAUCUUCAAACCUAGUUCAGGGAAUGAUAGCCUUGCCAUCAAAAAUUACACUAAAUUACUGUAUUGGAUUGCUUGUGUUAAAUUAUGCAGGACUGUGGUGGGGCUCGAUGGCCGAGCACUUCCCAACUGCGAGCAAGGUUCUGAGUUCUAUCCCUAGUACCAUAAAACCAAUAACAUUGUGGAGAGCUGGGUAUGGUGGUGCAAACCUGUAAUCCCAGUACUCAGGGCAAUGCUGUGGCCGGGGAGUAAACGAAGGGUGACUGAGUCUCAGGCCAGUCUGGACUAUUAAAAGUUGUUUUCUCUUGUGCCAACAUACUUAAUUUUACCUCUUUGCCCUUAAAUACUGAAAUAUUUACUCCCCAACUCCUUUUUUUUUAACAUUUUAAUGUAUUUUAUUGUCUUAUUUGUCAGUGGUAGGGAACAGACCCAGAAUUCAGGGCCUCACACAUGUGAGGCAGGUGUUCUACCACUGAGCUAGCCCCUAACCUCAGCAGCCUUCUCUCUCCUUAGGAUUACUUAGGGCACUCUCAAGCAUUAAGGGCUAUCUUUUUUUUUUUUUUUAAUUAGGUAUUUUCCUCAUUUACAUUUCCAAGGGCUAUCUUAACAAUGCAUUUUGCAUAAACUUAGGAGAAGUAGAAGGUGCAAUCAGAAGUCUGGAGAGUUCCUUGCCUUCUGUGUAUCUCACUUCUGGAAAGUUCUGAUCCUCACUUGGCUCCCAGGGACUAUGCCCAGCCUUUCCAUGAGAGAGAGUACAGAGGUCUCUUCCUCAAACGCUCCUGUUACCUGGAACCCUGCUCGGCCUUUGUCCUGGUCCUCUGGUCAGGGUUUGAUAGAAGAAAGGACUUUUGUGCUGUAUUUAUGGAUUGCCGAGCUGUAGGGGGUAGCAGUGGCCUGAGGCGCCUACUAGAACCUGCCUGGAAAGGACAGACUGAUUUCAGCAGGUGUCUUGAAGACUAAACCCCUGUUAGCUUAGCAUCCCUGGAGCCUACAGACCCCUCCCCAUAUAUGCUAGACCCUUCCUGUGUGGUUGUGAUUUCUGGGCAGCUUCCUGCCUUCCCUGGACCCAGAUUUCUACAGUACUUGUGGGGCAGAGUGUGGUGUUCCCCAGGGAUGUUCAUCUUUCAUAGCUUGUCUAUCUGUAGACGCCCCCUCCCCUGUCUUCUGCAUCCCCUUGCAUCCUGCAGCCACUCCAAACCUGUCUAUCCUGUAUUCCUCAUUGACCUGCUUCUCAUGGAGUUUUUAUCUCAAGCCCUCUGCCCAGGUUUCUAGCUGGGGAAACCAUUGAAAAAUGAGAGACAGACUGGGUCCUUAAACUACAGGAAGUUACACAUCCUGUUUUCCAAAUCCAGAAUUCUAUACCUGACUGCAUGGAACGGGUCACAUUCAAAACAUGGAUAUGCUACAAACAAAAUUACCCUUGGGUCAUGUGUGCAGCAUAUGCAGAAACACAAGUGGAUCUUGUGUGUGUGUGUGGAUGUAAACCCCAUCCCCAAGAUAACUGUAUUACAUUUGUAUGUAUUGGUAGUUCAAGAUCUCAACCCGCCCAGGUAGAGGCUUGUUUAUCUAGGAUAUUCAACCUUCCGUGGACUGAGCCAGGUCCUACGAAGGCCACAUCUGUGAAGUACGUGGACAAGCUUCUUCCCACGUGGCUGCCCUGAGGCUUUGUUAAUGGGCUGACGGAACUACGGGAGAGAGCUUUGUGGGGCUAGUAUUAGAGACAAGCAAAGGGGGACCAUUUCAAGCACUGACCUAUCUCUUCCUGCUGGGUAAAGUCUUGCUUACUUACCAUGUUCUUCCAUGCUUUGAUGUGACUCUUUCUUGAGGUGUUCUCACCUACCUUCUUCCUCUAGGUGGGGUGAUUCUUUUCUAAAGGUGGUAGGGUUUUUUAGGUGGUAGUCCAGACUGGUCAAAUAUGUGUGGCAGGUCACGGGAAAGGGAGUCAUGGAAACCCACGUUGUCAUAAUGCCAUGUUGUUUUUGUACCUGAAAUAAAGCAUAUUUUGCACUUGUAAAUGAAAAAUCUGUAUGUGGGCUCUGUGCUGGGUCAGAAUGCAAAUAAAACCAUUUGUACUAAACCCA